AGUCGGCGAGCCGGAGCGGCAGCAGGUGGCCAUGGAGGAGGACGUGAGUGAGGACACCCUGGUGUCCGCGCUCAACCAGCUGCUCAACCUGACCAGAGUCCUUCUGGACAACGCCAAGCAGGAAGCUGCAGCCUCCCUGGAGAAAUUCGUGCCCCACAAGAUCUCCACCCUGUUCGGCCUGAUCACAGCCGGGGCCGACUUCUACAGGAGCAUCGGAGUGAAGAAGAAGAGCGAAGCCGAAGCAGUUUGGCAGAAAUCUUUCCACCGUGCAGCAGUCAGGGAGAAGGUGGAGGAGCUUCUACAGCUGGAGACUGAGUGGGAUUCCUUCCUGCAGACGGUGGACGAUGGUCUGCAGACGACAGACAGACAACUCUCUAACACCAAGAUCCCCGACCGUCUGGAUCUGGACCUCCAGCUGACAGACGGACGCAGCGGAGGGAGUGUGACUCUGGGAAGCUUCGUGGAAUCUGGACAGAAGCUGCUGCUGGUGCUGCUCAGACACGUAGCUUGACUACCGUGACGAGACCAUGUGGCCGAGCUGGAGGCUCAGAGGAGCCUCCUGGAGUCUCGGUCCAUCAGGGUCUUGGUGGUCUCCUUCGGCAGCCUGGAGGCGGCUGCCUUGUGGUUGGAGCAGACGGGAUGUAGCCUGCCGUUAGCGCUGGAUCCACAGAGAAAGCUCUACAGGACCUUCGGUCUGGGCUCGUCUUACGCCAAGGUGAUACAGUUCGACCUCAUGCUGCGGUACUCGGAGUUCCCGGUCGCCAACAGAGACUUCCCCGACAUCGCACCCCGUCUCCUGGAGGACAUCUACCAGAUGGGCGGGAACUUCCUGCUGGACGACGCGGGGAAGGUUCUUCUGUCUCACCCGUGCAAAACCACGGUGGACCGACCGAGCGCGUCGGACGUCGUGAAGGUGGCGGACGCCGCGGACGCCUUGGCGUGAGACACGCCGGUCCGGACACGCCUCUGACACCACAGAAGAAGAGCGGCUCUCCGCUUCGCGUCAGUGACGUCGCACUUCGCACUCAUGGCACCAUGAAGACGUGCGACCGAUGGAAGAGCGGAGCGGAGGUUCCCGAUCUCCUUCGUCGUGUCAGUCGGCUUUUUAAAUAUUGAAAACGCUGAUUUGCCUUUGUAGUUUUAACUCGUACAAACUGCGUUCAGAUGAUUUUGCUCUUCGAAUCAGUGGUUCUCCUGGAACUGAUCGAGUUCUGUCUUCAUGGAAAUCUCAGAAAACACGUCUUUUAAAAUGCCCCAACUCGGUGGAAACGACAGAAAAGUGCCUGUUCUUAAAUGUGCCAUCUCCAUUCAAAUGAAGUGAACGCUGCUUUUCAGAAAUGUUCCGUCUCCAUGGAAACGGGUGAAAACACAUAUUUCUGAAACGCUACUGCUGCUCUAGAUGGACAAGAAGGUUUUCCUCAUGUGUCAUGAUUCCCAGUCCACAUUCUGCUGCGACUUUACAUUGAGUAUUUCUGCGUAAGCGUGGAACUUUUUUAAAGGUGCAAUAAGUAAGAAAUUCCUAGAAAAACUACAAUCUUUCCCAUUUUUCAGCUGUCAUUGAAGAAACAUUCCCUUUAAACAAUCUGUCGCCUCCUUCAAUUAUGUCUUGGUCAGGAGUUUUCUUUCAAAAUGAGUUACUGGACAGAAUAACUCUGGUGGGCAGAGCUAGACGUCACUACUUCCUGGUUCCAGAGCCAAUCAUAUGAAUUCCUGAGGUUGCCAGACAAGAGGCGCAGUGUUCAGCAUUUUCUGACCGCGCUGGCGGCCGUGCGCAUGUGUGCGAGACGCCGGUCGUGCAUGACGCUCUCCGCAGGGGAGGAGGGAAGAAUGUUCUUUAAAAUGAAAACGCUGUCGUGUAAACGGGACCUCAGGACCUCGAGCUGUAAUGUCUGAGGUUCCAGACCAGAACCGCAGGUUGAGAACCACUGAUUCGGUCUGAGCUCUUUACUGCAGGGCAUAAAGAUGGAAUUGAUUCUAAUCUGAUGUUUUCAAUAA